ACGUGGUUCUGAAGCCGUAAGUUUGCCGACUCCCUUGCUUUAGAGGGUUAAAGAACCGAUUACAAUUUGUUUUUUUUUUUAAAUAAAGGCUGCCCGGAAGAGGGCAGCCAAAGUGCCGCAGGAUGCCGACCACCGGCUGUGGCAACAACAAUGUGGACGUCAAAUGAAAUAUUUAAUCGGUGACAUUUCCCGUAAGGCCCCUGAACGUCACUGCCCAAAACGACAGUAAAUAUUUAACAUUUUUUUGUUCUCUCUUUUAAGGAAAUAUCUUUGGACGAAUUUGCGUCAAAAGCACCACCACCACCGCCGCCCCCCCCCUCCUCUCUCUCUAUCUAUCAUCGUCUACAGAGAUGCGAGGGCGUGAGAGAGGCGUCUUCCCAGUUGGCCCGUCUGCCGUGUAGUUUGAAGCUCUCAAGAAGGCGGCGCGGUUCGUCGCGUGUUCUCAGACUCCGUGCCGCGGACGCCACAGAGCGCCCAACCCCAAACCCCCAUCGCCUGCCGUGUCAGCCGCAAGCCACCUCCGCCGGGCUCGGAGCCAUGGCGUUUCCCACCAAGAAAAGCGUCGAGAAUCUGCUGACCACGUGCGGGUACAGAUACAAGGACGUGACGGCCAAAGACGCCGCGAACCUGCUUGGCGCUUACAGGGAUUUGAGAGCAGGUGUCGACACGUGCGUGUUCGGUGAUGGCAGCUCAAAGGAACUCGUCAACAUCAGCGGGACCAUACCUCUGCAUUACAAAGGGAAUAUCUACAACAUUCCAGUGCAGCUCUGGCUGUUUGACACGCAUCCGUACCUGCCUCCCUAUUGCUUUGUGAAGCCCACGAGCAGCAUGCUGAUCAAGGAGGGCAAGCACGUGGGUAAAGAUGGCCGUAUCUACCUGCCCUAUCUGCACGAGUGGAAAGCUCACGCGUCGGAUUUGCUGGGACUCGUUCAGGUCAUGCUCGCGGUGUUUGGAGAGCAGCCGCCUCUGUAUUCUCGCUCUCACUCGAUCUCCGUGGUCAUUCCACCGGUGGCUCGAAUCUACCAAAACUACCCUUGGUACCCUGUCCCCAAUCCACCCGCUGAAGAACAGAAGGAGCUCGCGACUGCCGCUCAUGGAAUGACAACGAAUUCAUCCGCAGCUGGAAGCGGCCCUUUUUACCCUGCCCCCAAACCACCCGUGGAAGAACGGACGGCUGCCGCUGCCGCUGCCCACGCCAACAAGAGCACCGAAGAGGAGCUCAGGCGCCUGCAGGAUCGGCACACGUGCAAGGUGUGCAUGGACAAUGAGGUGUCCGUCGUCUUCGUGCCGUGCGGCCACUUGGUGGCAUGCCAAGAAUGCGCCUCCUCCCUGGCCAUUUGCCCCAUCUGCCGUGCGGCCGUGAGAGAGGCGGUCCGUACGUUUAUGCCGUAGUGUGAAAUGGCCCAAGGAAGGACGCGAAACAACUUCAUCAACGCGAAACGUGAAUACUGGUUCACUGUCUUGAUGCAAAUUAUGUGAUUUAUGACAAUCGCGUGUGCAGUAAUUAGCAAUUGAAAACGUUGCGUUGACAGUCAAGGGUUUAAGGCUUAUUGGCAGCAAUGAGGAAGUCAGAUGACCUGAGGAUUAUUAUUGUUAACAAAACAACAUGGGAAAAGAGUACCUUUAAAAUAUUUUUCAGCCAUCUUCUUUGGUUCUUUCGGUAAAGUCACGUAGAAUGAGAAUAAAAUAAUAAAUUG